GGGAAGUAGUAGUAGAACAUAUGUCACGUGACGGUCAUGUGACAACGCCUGUUCUCAAAGUGGUUAGACGUCGCCAUGACCCAGACCGACCCGCGACUCGCCCCUCCGGAGGGGAGGGUCGUAGACUGACGACCCUCACCGCACCUGAGGGUCAUAAAAUCUUUGGAGGGUCACCCUAAUUACGAGGGAUAAAUCUGGUGACACACACUUGUAAAUUAGUUACUGUUUCUUUUCAUCUUCAUCACCAUGCUACCAGUUUUCCAAGUAUC